AUGGAAACGCUGCGCGACGGCGAGAGACUGGCACGCGCGGCGCGUCGGGCCCACGAGGUGGGCAAGCCGGUGAUCGCCUACAAGCUCGGCCGCUCGGAGAUCGGCCAGGAGCUCGCGAAAUCCCACACCGGCGCCAUCGCGGGAUCGGAUGCGACCUUCGAUGCCUUCUGCCGUCGCCAUGGCAUCGCGCGCGUGUCGAUGUUCGAAUCGCUGAUCGACGUGCCGGCGCUGCUGGUCGACCGGCCCGUGUCGAGGCGUGGCAGCCAUCGCGUCGCCGUGGCGACGACCACCGGCGGUGGUGCGGCGAUGGUGGUCGACAGCAUGGCAGUGGCCGGGCUCGAGAUCGCCGGGCCGCCAAACAAUCUCGUGGAGUGGCUAAAGCCGCCGGGCAUCGCGGCCGGCGACGGCAAGCUGGUCGAUCUCACCCUGGCCGGCGCCAAGCCCGAGAUCGUGGCGGGCACGAUCGAGCGCCUGCUGGCCGACGACGGCAACGAUGCGGUGAUCUUCGUGGUCGGCUCGUCCGCGCAGUUCAAUCCCGAACUGGCCGUCGAACCGCUGCUGCGCUUCGCCGGAUCGGGCAAGCCCUUCGCCGUCGCGCUCACUCCUUCGGCCUGA